UGCUACCUCUUACUCUUCCUUUUCAGGCAUCGUAUAUAACUAUGACGAAGAGGGUGUUCACAGAGAUGAAACUGGUUGGGAAGAGUGUAUUAGUGUCCCACUGGUACAGCCAGACAUGUUUGGCCUUCUUCACCAGUGGGAUAAGCUCCUAGAGGAAUUUUCUGCUGGAGAAGACUGGCUACCUCACAGGUAUGAAGAACAUGAGCACAAUUGCUACACAUAUGCACUGGCAUUUAUUAACAGUGUGCUGACUGCACAAGGGAAGCAGCACAUGAGCAAAAGUGAAUUCACAGAAAAAUUUGUGAUCCCACAGACAAAGAGAGCUUCCAAAUACAUUACUCUGCACCAGGAGUUAAUGGCUAAGGAGUUCUAUAUUGUUCACCAUCCUGAACAAGAAAAAACGUGCUGAAAAUAAGCUGCUAC